CAUCAAUAACAGUAUCGGCUCAUUAAUUUAUCAGAUAUUGAACCCACACUGAUACAUUAUUCAAUCUCAUUUUACUUGCCUGCAAGCUGUUUCCUCUCCUAAGACCAAAAUGCUCCUUAGCAAGCUAUCCAAUUUGAACUCGAUCUUCACGUUCCUCUCCUUGAAAGCAUAUCCAGACAUCGCCAUCCAAUCUACAUGUGAUCAUGGCCCAGGUUAUUCGAACGCAAACAUUUCGAGGUUUAUUCCAUUCUACAAUGAUCAAACCAAUAUAGCGUCUUUCACAGACGCUCCGAUGUUAUCAAUCUCAAUCGACGGCAAGGUCUACGAUACCCCAAUGGACACUGGAUCUACCGGGCUGCAAAUCUCUGCGGCCGAUAUGGUAGAUUACGAUCCCGAGUCUGCGUCCAAAUACCCUGUUGGUUGGCAGUUUUUUACCAGCUCCAAAAAAUUGAAUAUUGGAAACUGGAUUUCGAAGAAUGUUUCCUUUCUGGGUGCAAACAUGACCGCAUCUAUUCCUGUUUUAGCGGUUAAUAGCAGCGUUAUCUGUCCUUGGUACAAUGUGUCAACAGGUACAAACUAUUGCCCGACUUCGGCCAAUGGGACGACAGCUACCCCAACAAAUAUGCCAUCGGGAACGAGAUAUAUGGGAGUUGGGUUUGGCCGUGAGUACAAUGCUCAGCCUCAAGGAACCCCAGAGAAAAUAUCACUCAUCAACAUUGACUCAAUCGAUGGGGAAAGGCUCAAAAACGAUUGCAUCACACAUAGAAAUGGGAAGGAAGACAUACUGUGUCUCAACCAAGGCUAUAUCAUUUCCAAAAAGGGAGUGACAGUUGGCCUCACACCUGAAAACACUGAAGGUUUUGCAUUCGUAAAACUCUCACUGAAUCAUUCUUACACCAAUGACCCACGAGACUGGACCCAGACGGCAGGCUGUAUUUCUGUCAACGGUGCGGCAUGUGAAACUAGCUCCCUAUUACUUGACACCGGAGUUUCACAGGCAUAUCUUACAAUUCCGCCAUCCGUACCCGUUAAGCUUAUCUCAAAACCAAGCAAAACGAACCCAUCGGGUAAAGUCUCAACUUUAGCAGAUGGCCAGAACCUGACUGUAUAUUUUGGAUCAGAGGGAUCUUACGCGGCGAUGUACAAUCUCGUAGUUGGAGAAGAUGGGAACGACAUGGCGCCAACCCAAGUUUCUGUCACCCAGUCAGAUACCAAGAGUCCAUAUUACAAUAGUGGAAGGCAUUUUUAUAGAGACUUUGAUGUGCUAUACGAUGCAAUUGGUGGUUAUUUGGGUUUGAGAUGGACGGGAAAUGUGAGUAUGAAUUCGCACGGUUCCACAUGUUUAUUCGAUUAGAAUUAAUCCAAUACUUUAAUUGACAACUUAUACAAUUAUAAAA